ACCAUUUGAACGUCAAGUGUGUGAUUUUCAGCCAAUCUGAGAGCUCGAUUGCGCAACUCCCGCGGCACAGUUUAUUUAAGCAGGAAGUAAUUUGCAUACGAGGCGCGACAUUCAAAGCGUGGUUGCGACGCUGGUGAGGAGAUGCGCCUUGAUGACCCCAAGCAUGGCAACGUUGUUUGACGAGAUCAGCCAGCAGCUGGACUUCACCAGCUGUGGAGAAGAGGGGACUAGCAGCGGCCACAGCUCCGACGACUGCACCCCGAUGAUCCACAGUCCCCGGCUCAGCAGUCCCCGGCUCAGCAGUCUCCGUAGUCCCCGGCUCAGCAGUCCCAGCUCCGGCCGCAGAGCGCCCAGGGUGCAACGCCAACGCAGUAGAAGCAACACCUUGUGUUCCCCUUUACAGUGCACAAGUCCUAUACCUUACGCAGCCUGGAAUAAACUGCGGCUCUGUGACUCUCCCAGCACACCCAAGAGUCUUCUGUCAAAGUCGUCCCAGCCUUGCUCCAGCACCAAGAUAGGCCGCCCUAAGCGAACCCUGUGUUUCGCCUCCGCUAGUGGCAACUUCAUCCAGGCACCUUCCGUCAACGUGAAUCCUUUCACCCCUGAAACAGUCCGCAGGAGCAGCGAGCAGCAGUGGAAGGACCGUUGUAGGAGUGAUAAUGAUCAGGAUUAUGGACGCAGGUUGAAACACAGCCUAACGUCAUCUGAGGAGGAUGAUGAUGCCUUUCUUCCUCCGAAGGCCCUCAGUCUGUUUUUCUGGCAGAGACGAGCUGUCCAAGCCCUCAUGCUGUCGCGCUACGAGAGCGAGUUCCUGGAGCUGGAGUGCAUCGGUGUGGGGGAGUUUGGGGCCGUUUACAAGUGUGUGAAGAGGCUGGAUGGUUGCUUGUACGCCAUAAAGCGCUCUCGCCAACCCCUGGCAGGCUCUACCAAUGAGCAGCUCGCCCUAAAGGAAGUGUAUGCGCAUGCGGUUCUUGGGCACCACCCACACGUAGUUCGGUAUUAUUCAGCAUGGGCAGAAGACGAUCACAUGAUCAUUCAGAACGAAUACUGUGAUGGUGGAAGCCUCAGCGACGUCAUUGCGACGAGGAAGAUGCGGGAGGAGAUAUUUUCAGAGGGCGAGUUGAAGGAUCUGCUCUUACAAGUGUCCAUGGGAUUAAAAUACAUCCACAGCGCUGGCCUCGUCCACCUGGACAUCAAACCUAGUAAUAUAUUCAUUUGCCAGCGUCCCAGCGCAAGUGCAUCGGGUGAAGGGGAGAGUGAAGAGGAGGAUGACCGAAGCACUUCAGCGGGAGUCAUUUACAAAAUCGGGGAUCUGGGUCAUGUGACCUCUAGCAGCAGUCCUCAAGUUGAGGAAGGGGACAGCCGCUUUCUGGCCAAAGAGGUCCUGCACGAGGACUACAGUCAGCUGCCAAAGGCCGACAUCUUCGCUCUGGGCCUUACAAUUCUGAGGGCAGCCGGCGCGCCGCCUCUGCCUCAAAAUGGAGACGAGUGGCACAGACUUCGAGAGGGGAAGCUCCCCAAACUGCCAAAGGAGCUGUCUCCUCCAUUCAGAGGCCUACUUCAGUUGUUGCUGGAUCCCGACCUGACAAAGCGUCCGUCUGCCAGGGAGCUCUGCAAGCACACCGUCCUGCGGGAGGAUCGGACCGGGAGGGUCGCCGCUCGGCUGCGUAGAGAGCUCAAUGUAGAGAAGUUCAGGACAGCCAUGCUUGAAAAGGAGCUGCAGGAAGCUCGUCAGGCAGCUUUAUCACCCGACCAGUACCACUGUCCUGGGCUGAAAUCUGCUAAAAUGGGGUCUUUACCCAAAUCUGGAAGGAGGCUUGUUGGCGGGAAGGCCGUUCGGUCCAUGAGCUUUGGCUGCUUUGUGAAUGGAGACUGAUGUGACUCAAUGACACAACCACGUGCCCUCCCUUUGCUCGGGUGAUAUGCGCGUCCUUCUGCAACCCGGGCUGUGCUUAAAAAGGCACAGAGUCUCUGAUGGCCAAAUGACAACAUGCAAUAAAGAUUUGGGGGGGGGACUGGAUUAAAAGCUCUAUAAAUUGUCAGUGAUGCAAAGGUGGGGUUUGUUUUCAAAGGAUCUAACUCACUCAAAGGCAGAUUGAUUUUUAUGACAAGUGAGAUGUAACUGCUGCAGUUGGAUGAUUUUUUUUUUUAACUGUAAAUAAAACUUUUAAGCAUUUUA